AUGUCAUUGCCUACCCGCUGCCCACCUGCCGUGCUUAACGAUGUGGGUCAGCAGGGUCUGUGUGCAGUCCAUCCUGCUCUGGACUAUCCUGUCGCUCCUCCAUCUACCAGUGGAAGGACUCCUCCAGUACUCAGCCGUGGAGCUUCUAAGGCUCCACACUCAGCGGCCCGGACCUCUGCCGACAGCUAUGCACCUACAUCCGGACAUUGCCCUCCUGCCUUGCCAGAGAUGGUGAGAGAUGCUCUAAAGGGUAAACCGGGUGGACAGAUUAUUUUGGAUGAAUAUGAUAAAAUGAAAACAUUGAAGGAUAGCACAAGGAGACAGUUGGUAAACCUUCUUGUGGCCGACAUAGUUGAAAUUCAUGGGAGGAGCCCACCUGUCUCUGUGCAAAGUAAAUAUGCUUUGGGCAUCAUCUCUCUAUUUCCCAGCCUCAGAGAUCCAUACUCAGACAAUGGAUAUAUUGACCAAGAUUUCACCAUGAUGUUUGGAGAGGAAGUGUCGGGCAGAUUUUUGGCAAAAUGGCCUACUUUUUUCAAACCUAGGAUCCUGACAGACUGCAAAAAACUGACUUCUAAUGAACACAUUGAAGACCUCUUGUCUGCGCAGCACGACUCAGGCUGGGACAGUGACUUAUCAAGCAUUCUGCUGUUGGUUCACUUGCUGCUGCCCACGUCCAAAGGCCACAAGAAGAGUCCUGAAAUCAGCGCAUGUCAAGCUGAAGACCAUGUCGUUCAAUAUUUGCAGCCGAGACAGCCCUUCCUCCUGUGUGUAGGUCAAAACAAGAACAGCAUCCAAAGAUACUACAUCAUCAUUGACCACAAGGCCAUCCCUUGCAAGGCACAGACAUCCCUGGCAGCUUUCGAUGAGCUCUUCAAAGCACACUUCAUCUUCAGUGUCAACUACCACGAAUCCCUCUUCAACUUCUAUACAUUCAUCCAAACCACAGUUUUGAACAUUGACGUGGGAAGUGCCAAGGAAAGUCCCAGAGUCAGGGAGCUCAGAGCGAGAUUGUUGCACGACGCUUGA